ACAAAAAAAUCACUACCAUCGAUGUCGGUGGUACCUGCAAAUUGGGUUGAGGAAAAAUUUGUGUACUGGCCGCCUCGGAAUCUAAUAAGCCUGUCGCGAAAUGAAGACUCGAUGCCGGACAAACUUACCUGGAUACGACAAAAAUGCAAGUUGUUGAGCCGUGCUCAAACAUUCGAACAAGCAGAGGAGGCCAUGAAUAUGCUGGAAAAAGUUACUGACAGCGAAGAUGCAGCUCAGAUGAAUCUCGGUACCAGAGCAACACCAGCAAAGAAACAGGCAAAGUUCAAAUCUAAGAGUUAUCAAUUGGCUCCACCAGCAGCUGUGCAUUCCAGAUCCACUCUCGAUAGCGUUUCAGUAGCAUCAUCCAAGGAGAAUGAUUGUUUACCGAUAAUCCCACGUACAUCCCAUGCGUCUGCAUCUCAACCGUUGCAUGUGAGGCCUAUCAUGGAGGAAGAAUGCACAACGACUCCCGGCAGUGUAAGUUAUGUUGCUCUUUCUGAAUAUGCACCGAAAGCUGUUCCGUCUCGACUGCGAAUUCAUGGAACAAAUUCCGAAGAGCCUCAUCAUGAGAUUGUACCGUCCAACAUGACUGCUUUCCCCGUCAAAUUGCUACCGAUUCCACGCUAUCAAAAAUCAUGCAGCACUACAGAUCCUGAACCCAACAAUGAUCAAUCAUUGCAUGCAUCUGCCCAAAACAAUGGACCAGCACCAAGUGGCAACCAAAGCAGAUUGCAAAUUAUCUCCGUUGCUUCGGUUGACAGGGUAGCCUCUAGAGAGGUGGUGCAUCCAUUCGAAAACAUGUCAUCUCGUAUUGUUCAACCAAUCAUACCGAGCUCUUCGAUUAUCGGCACUGUAAAUGCGCAACAAGAUUCUACGGUUGUAUCAGCACGAACGAAUCAUGGUUUGAAUGUGAAUGCCACAGCGGAUAAUAGUGUGCUUCCUACGGCUGGCACCCCUCAAAGCAAGAGAAAUUCCACUUCUUACGUUAUCUCCGGGUCACACGCUUCGACUCCUGCUCCCCAUCAUAAUCAAGCACCGCAUGCUGAAAUCAAAAACUACGCGAAUUCUGAAAAUUCGGCUCCACAUCAACUCACUGUUCCCAUUGUCAUGGGAAGUGACGGAAAGCAGUACGCUCAACUUGAUGGAUGUUAUUAUCCAAUCACGGAAAACAGCAACGAAACAGUUUACGAACCGAUGUCACCUAUUAUCAAACAAGAUGAAGUAGACCUGGGCGUUGAUGACGACUUGAAUAUGUCUGAUUCCGCUCAAGCGUUGGAUGAGCCUGACUGUUCGACUAUUUCUUCUGAGCUGCGCAAGAUCAACGAAAGAUUGGGUGUUGUUGAACAGAACUUGUCCAUGCUAACAACCGAGGUGCGCAAGAUCAGUGAACGAAUGGGGGCCCAGGAAGGACUGAUGAGCCGGUUGACAGAAUUCAUGGCCAACUUCAAUAAGCUUAUGUCAACAAAGCAAUCCAUUGAUGUCUCGAAUCGCUAUGAAGAGGACUUCUCCGAAUUUGACAACAUGCAGAUCAUUGAUUCCGACCAAGCCUUCAGGACAUUCGAACAAGGCUUAGGAAACUCCAAUUAUUCUGGAAAAUUUUUCCGAUACCUGCACUCCAUCUACAGUCUGAACGGAAAACGCGAUAGUGGACCGUUGUUCCGUACUAUUAUCAGGAAGUUUCUUGCUCCAAACGUUUUCCUCCCAUAUUCAUGGAUGGGCAAUAAGAGGACGAAACCGGGAACGACAAGUGAUUCUGGACAAAACCAAAACUUCCAAGAAUCAUUUCCAAACUUCAUCAGGUUGAUGCACCAAGUAUUGCAAGCGGCUGACUGCUCUAGUACUCGCGAGCAAAAUGAAAUCUUGUUUAAAAAUUUGUUGCUAUACAAAAUGUUAGAAGCAAAGCGUUUUGAAGGUGGCAAUGGAGAACGUCGUGCGUCAUCAUCGAGAAAGCAUCCCAAAAAGCAAAAAGCGGAAAACCAAGUUUCCGAAGACCUGAACCUUAUUGAGCCCUCUGAGAAACCAUCUCCGGUCGUAGAAGAAUUGCUUAUGGAGCAAAGUGAUUCCAGUGACAACAGCGGAGAAUCAACAGAGUGAAGGAUUACAAUACGAAUGUGGAUGAACUUCAGAACAUCAGAGUACUUUAAAGAUCGAAUGAAAAUUUGAACUGUGAAUUUUAAUGUGAAUAUUUGGAAUAAAAAGCACGAACAAGUGAC